UUCCCAAAUUUAUUUUCCUUAGCAUUUUGAAAUAUUGUUUGUGGAAUUUUACGAGGCAGACCCUUUGUUUUUUGAGUGUUUUUUCUUCUCAGACCUGGCAGCCUCCUUGCUCUGCUCGACCUUACAGACUGAGGUUUUCUUUGUACCUGACCUCGCGUUGCUCGAGGUCAUGACUGCAUGGAUUUUGCGAUUGAUGGCCUGAAAGUUCUUUUCUAAGCUAGAGCUCGUUGAGACUUGGCAGAGUUCACUACGUCCGCUCAUCAGUGUCGGGGGUUGACCAACCCCAUCGUACCAUCUAGCUCAGUAGCUCUGUGGUACAGUGUUUAACAAGCGUUGAUGGUCUCCAACGAGCAAAUUGUUCUACAUUUCAUUCUCUGCCUCAUGCACCGGCUUACAGUGCGCAGAUAUGGUGUUUGUUAGAAUGUCUCAGUGAAUUCAAAGCAGAUUAUAUAUGUUUUCAUAGUUGUUUAAUAUUUAAAAGCAGUUGCCUAAGUUCCCUACCAAGCAAUUAUUUUGGUGUAAAAAUUUUAUAUGAAAUAUUUUCAUCAUCUCGACUUAUACUUUGCAAGUGUGAUAUAACCUUCUUUUUGCUUUUACUAUGCAGUUUUCUCCAAAAGAAGCAAAAGAAAACGGAAAAAGAAUUACCCGCUGCUCUGUUUUUCUUCAAGUGUAGUCUCGAUCACGAGCUAAGAUCGAAAAAGCAAACGAAUUGGUAAGCUGAAGGUGCCAUGGCGAUGGAUAUACUCACUGCAAUUAUUCCUACAAUAAUUGACUACACAAUUAGACCAGUUGCACGCCAAGUGGGUUACAUUAUUUUCUACAAAAGCAACCUUGAAGACCUAAGGAAUAAAUUGGAGAAUUUUGAUCCUGUCAAACAAAGGAUAAAGCAUGAAGUUGAUGAAGUCGGAAGAAAAGUUAAUCAAAAAGUGGAAGCUGAUGUCCAGAAAUGGCAGUCAGAUGUGGAGAAGACCACUCGGGAGGCAGAAGCACUCUUGCAUGAUGAAGGCCGUGCAAAGACAAAGUGCAUUAUAUGUCCUAAUCUGAUAUACUAUCAUCAGCGUAGCAGGAAGUCAACAAAACUGAUGGAAAAGAUUGAAGCACAUGAAAAUAAAAAAAAGUUUUCCAAUGUUUCUUACAAAGUUCCUGUAGAAGACGUGUCUGCCCUAGCCUCGGACGAGUACAUGGCCUUUCAAUCAAGGAUUUCAAUGGUGAAGGAUAUCAUUACGGAACUGAAAAAACCUGACAGGAUUGGGGUGUACGGAUUAGGGGGCGUUGGGAAGACAACAUUUGCCAAAGAGGUUUACAGAGAAGCUGUUAAAGAGAAGUUAUUUGAUGAUGUGGUUAUAAUACUAAAUGUCAAAGAAAAAAUAGACAACGAAAAAAUUCAAAAAGAAAUUGCCAAAAAGUUAGGGAUGGUCGUUGAUGAAUCUGAGGAUGUGGGAACAAGGGCGAAUCUCCUAUGGGCCAGGAUUAAAAAGGGGAAGAUUCUUGUCAUUUUAGACGAUGUUUUGGAAAGAAUUGACUUUGAGGCUGUGGGACUCGUCGGUGUGCCCAACUGUAAGAUAUUGUUGACUUCUAGAGAAAGAAAAGUUUUAUUCUCUGAUAUGCAUACGCAAAAAGAAUUUCCACUUGGAUUUUUAACAGAAAAAGAAAGUUGGAGUUUGUUUGAGAAGGUGGUAGGUAAUGUCGUUAAAGACACUCGGAUACUGAAAGAAGCAACCCAACUAGCAAAGAAAUGUGGAGGUUUGCCGGUUUUGGUUGUUGCAGUUGCGAGUGCAUUAAGGGAUAGUACAUUGGAGGAAUGGAAAUAUGCGUUGAGAAAUUUCAAAAGAUUUGACAAGAAGGAAAUGAAUGAAAAAGCAUUCUUGGCUCUAGAGUGGAGUUACAAACGAUUGGAAGAUCAAGAGCUUAAGCAAUUGUUCUUGCUGUGCGGAAUUCUUGCCGGACGUUUGAGUUGUAUAAUUUUUCUCAAUGACUUGUUGGUUUAUAGUGUGGGUUUGGGUUUGAUGAAAAAUGUUGAUAUAGUGGAAGAUGCAAGGAAUUCAUUGCAUGCACUGGCUGCAAAACUAAAAAAUUCUUGCCUAUUGCUGGACAGUUAUAACGAUGGGACUCUUAGAAUGCAUGAGCUUGUUCGAGAUGCUGCUAUCUGGAUUGUAUCUGAUGAUCAAAAGGCGUUUUUAAAAGUAUAUGGAGAUGAGGUGAAAGAAUGGCCCACUGAGGAUUUAUUUAAGAAGUACACCGUCAUCUCCUUGAGGUACUGCAAAAUCCCCAGAUUUCCUGAAGUACCUUGGGAAUGCCCAGAAUUAAAAUUGUUGAUCUUGGAGAAUGAUAAUAUUGGCGACUCCCAGGAAAUCCCAAGCAAAUUUUUUGAAGGGAUGAAAGAACUCAAGGUGUUGGAUGUAACCAGAUUCCGUAUUCAGUCACUACCUCCAUCUAUUCAAAUCCUAAAGCAUCUCCAUACAUUGGGCUUAUAUAACUGCGACUUAGUAGAUCUAACUCUUGUUGGACAGCUAACAAACUUGAAAAUGCUUAUCUUCCUAGAGUCCAAGAUUAAAGAGUUGUCCAAAGAAAUAGGGCAAUUGACUCGUCUGCAAUUAUUGGAUUUGACCGGUUGCUCUGAACUUGUUGUAAUCUCACCUGGUGUUAUAUCAAGCUUGACAAGACUAGAAGAUUUGAGGAUGGGAAUAAAAAGCUUCAAGCAAUGGGAGGGUGAAGGUUUGGUCGAUGGCAGAGGAAGUAAUGCUAGAGUUUCAGAGCUGAAGCACUUAUCUAAUUUGUCCGCAUUAGACAUACAUAUUCCAGAUGCUAACCUUCUUCCAACCAACUUGUUUUCCGAUAAGUUAGAAAGAUACACCAUACUUAUCGGUGAUUGUUGGGAGUAUCCUGACUUCGAUGAAACCUGCUCUAACAUGCUAAAACUCAAACUCACCAGGAGAAAUCAAUUCGACCGAGGUAUAAAGUUGCUGGUAAAGAGAUGCGAGCAUUUGUACUUGGAUGGGAUGGAGAGUGUGAAUAUUAUUUCCUAUCUAUUUGACAGUGGAGCUGUUGAACAACUGAAGAAUCUCCAUGUCCAAAACAACGACAAAGUUACAUAUGUCAUUAACUCCAUCAGUUGGAGUUAUUCUCAUAAUGCCUUCCCCAAGCUGGAAUCUCUCUCUCUUGAAAACCUUGUGAGGUUGGAAAGUGUAUGUUAUGGGCAACUCAUAGGUGAGCCUUUCGAAAAGUUAAAAUUUUUGACACUGCGGAAUCUACCAAAGCUUCUUGGUUUCUAUUCCAAAGGCAAGCAAUCAGUGAUUGAUACAGAAGCCGACGUAAUGGGUUUGGAGAAUGAAUUUGGUGCACUCCCGAAACUGUUUAGUAAUGAGAAGGUUUUGAUGCCCAACUUGACAACCUUGAAUGUGCAUCAAUGUGAUAGUUUAAGAUUCUUGUUUUCGAGUUCCAUGGCUAAAUGUCUUGGACAACUCAAAAAUCUCAAGAUAUCCAAUUGUCAAAUCAUGGAAGAGAUAGUUAGAAAUGAGGAGAAUACAGAUGACAUGUUUGAUAAGCUAAACCGUUUAGAGCUACAACAUCUUCCAAACCUCGCUAGAUUCAGCUCUGGAAGUUACAUUAAAUUGCCGUCUUUGACGUAUUUGGAUCUAGACGAUUGUACUAAACUGGAGACAUUCAUCUUUGGUGCUAAGAGUGGAAAUAUUACAACCAACAAAGAAGAAAGAGAUAUUGAGCUCUUUGACGAAAAGGUAGGAUUUCCUAGCUUGGAGACGUUGUACAUAUGGGACUUACCUAAGUUGAAGACAAUAUUCCACAACCAACUUCAUUCAAAUUCUUUUGGCAGGCUCAUAAUUAUGGAUGUUCGUAGAUGCCACAGUGUAAUUAAUAUCUUUGGGCCAAGUAUCAUGGGAAGAUUGAAUGCUCUAGAGUCCUUAGUAAUAGAGCAGUGCCAAUCACUACAAGUGGUAUAUGACACAUCAUCUACUACUCAGUUGAAUGGUUUUGAGUGCCCAAAUCUAAACUCGGUUGAGAUAGACUCAUGUGAUAGUUUGAAAAAUGUCUUUCCCGGCUCAGUGGCCAAAGAUCUGAAGCAGCUAAGUGAGUUGAAGGUCAAGAAUUGUGGUUUAAUGGAGGAAAUUGUUGUGAAGGAAAAAGGACCACAAACGACAUACGAGGAGUUCGGGUUCCCUAAAGUAACAUCUAUGGAAUUUGAUAAUCUGCCCCAACUUCGAAGUUUCUAUCCAGGGCUAAAUGUUUCUAAUUGGCCAUCACUCAACAUAUUAAAGUUCACAAAAUGUGGUGGUGUGGAGAUUUUUGCUUCUGAAUUUUCAAAGUAUCAAGACAAGUUUGAGUUGGGCCACCAAGACCAACGGAACAACCUUUCUUUUUAA